CAAAAGCUUGAAAAUCCAUACAAAUAUGAGAAUAAAAAGAUGAAACUUGGCAGAAGUACUGUAUAUAUUGAUAUACUGUAUCAAACAUUAUGGAGAUAUAUUUGACUGAAAUUGCUAAGGAUGGGUCUUUUAUCCUGCGUAUGGAUGUAGUAGAAGAGCUUUUAAGUGCAGCUAGAGCCGAUGCAAUUGCAUUUGUGGCAAUCGUAGGACCACCAAGAGGCGGGAAAUUUAUGAUUGCUAAAGCAUGUUCAGCUUAUCUGGAACGACCAAAGCAGAUGGAACUGAGAGACCAAGACAUAUUUGAUUACAAUGCAAUCAGAGACCACGAUAAUGGUUAUAUUAUUGCACUUAGAAGAACAGUGGAUUUUGAGCACAUGAAAGUAUAUUUCAUUGUGACUCAAAUUCCAAGAAACUUGGAUAAGCCGAAGGCAAAUAAACUUCUACUUUGGACAUCAAUGCUAAGCUCCAUUCAAAUAUUCAACAUACCGAAUCAAAUAUCAGAAUUGGAUGAGCUGCGUACCAAGAUCAUUAUGCAAUACAACGGAUUUAUAGCAUCGGAAAAUAUCAGGACAGUGAUUUUUCUUCGCGACGUACUACGGGGAAACUACGAGAUGAGAAAAGAGAAUGUCGGCGAAUCACAGGUGGAUUGCUAUACCCUACCUUCACCAGGACAAGACAUAUUCAGAGCAGUUCCAAGAGCCGCGAUGGAGUUCAAAAGAGCAUUGCUUGAUCAUUUGAGAAGAGUUGUUACGUCUUUGGAAGCAAGGACAAUGUUCGGACAACUGGUAUCGGGUUCUCAACUGCUUGUUUACUUGAGGGAACUCGAUAUGAAGAAUAUACGUGAGUCAAUCAAAAGAGCAAGAGAAAUCAUCAGAGGAGUCUUGGACUUCAGACAACAGAUAAAUGAUCGUGUUCCACACAGAGAAGCUAUUGAGAAUGUUUUGAAAAAUCUAUCUGCCGAAGACAGAAAGAGAAUAGAAGAAUAUAUUACUAUAGAAGUUAAAAGAAUGCAGGAAGCCGGAGAGAGCCAACGUGGACCAGUGGUAACUGUAAUAGCAGAAAACAUCCAAUCUGUGACCGUGGGCCAUCACGCAGCGAAUGACAAAAAGAAUAAUGAACAGAAAUAAAGAACGCUUGAUACUAGCUAGAGGUGCAUGGAAACCACUGCACACCACCUCGGAGUUUCAUUCUUUAUAUAUAUACAAUUGCAGAAGCUUAUUCAGAUGGGCGUUUUGAAACAUCACUGGAUAUAGUUCAAAAUAGUCUCAGGAGUAGUAUAUAAAUAUAUUAUAUAUAUAAUAAAUAAUUUGCGUUGAAUACCCUAACAUUUGAAUAAUCUGUUAAACACUUCCAGUCGGUUGCUUAUCUAAUAAGGACUGGGAUAAUGAUGAUAACCACUGGAAAUUUGUCAUUCAACGUGGGCUCAGAUGUCUAAUUUUUCACUUCAAAUAUUAUUUUUUCAUUUUCCUAAACCUAAGUGCUGCAGUGGACAACACGUUAUGUCGGCUUAUUGUCCAUUACAAUCUUCGUGUCGUAAACCAAUCAAGUCUAUCAAAUCUGCUGUGCUCAAAUAUAUGGACACGUAGAGCCACAUAAUUUUGAAGACGUUAUAGCGAAAAAAAGUAAUA